AUGUCUUCUUCAGACUCUGCUGAUCACAUGAUGCGUUUUACUGAACGUAUUGCGUUUUAUGCUUUUAUCCAUAUUAGUUCAUAUACAAACUUUAAAGAUAACAUUUCCAAGUGGGAGGAACGUGUAUGCUUAAACAGUGGAAGAAAGUUUUUCAAACCUAAAGUCAGUGGAUCCAUUACACCUGCUGUUGGAAUGUUUUUUAAGUCAUUUGAUGAGGCUUUUGCGUUUUAUCAGAGAUAUGCACUUGCUGCAGUUUUUUCUUCAAGAAAAAAUACCUCUUGGAAAAAUGGUGGUGGUUUAGUGAAAAUAAGAUAUAUUGUCUGCUCAAAAGAAGGAUUUCAUGUUAGCAAAGAAAUAGAUUCUGGUUCAGUUGAUGAGAAUAGUAAAAAGAUUGUUAGACGUAAUAGAGGUUCAAAAAGAGUUGAAUGCAAUGCUCAUGUGAAAUUAAUAUUAGAGAACAAUAAUAUGUUUAAUAUCUACUACUUUGAAGAAGAACAUAAUCAUAUCUUUGUUGAAGAUGAAGAUAUUCAUUUCUUGCCGGCUGCCAGAAGUAUCGAUUAUGUGAAAGAAAGUUUUAUAUCUGGAUUGUCUGCAAUCAAUAUUGGACCUGUUAAAGCAUUCAAUAUUAUGAAAACAAUGUAUGGUGGUUUUGGUGAAGUUGGUGCUAGUAAAGUUGAUUGUAAGAAUUAUAGAAGGGAUUUGAAUCUUUACAUAGGAGGGUAUGAUGCAGAAAUGGUAGUUAGGCGUCUUAUUAGGAAGAAAGAAUGUUGUCCUGGUUUCACAUGUGAUUAUGUUAUUAGUGAAGAUAGAAGACUGAAAGGGCUUUUCUGGGCUGAUGAGCAAUCAAAAACAAAUUAUACAGUGUUUGGUGACAUAUUUGGUUUUGAUGCUACUUAUAAAUCAAACAAGUAUGCUUUGGUUUUUGAACCAUUUACUGGUAUUGAUAAUCAUUUUAGGAAUGUCACAUUUGGUGGUGCAUUACUUGGUUCGGAGACUGCAGAUUCUUAUAGAUGGCUUUUAAGGUGCUUUGUUAAUGCUUUUGGAAGUGAGCCUAAAGUUGUUGUUACUGAUCAAGAUGCUGCAAUGAAGAGAGCUAUUAAGGAUGUUGGUCCUGUUUUGUCAGCAAACAUUGAUUUUAAUACAAGAAUGACUCAUGUUGUUUGGAAUGAUACUAUUAUUCCAAAAGAUUUUGAAACUGAGUGGCAUUCAAUAAUGUCUACUUUUGGAUUGGAAAAUCAUGAGUGGUUAAAAGAUAUGUACGAUCUUCGAUUUGAUUGGAUUCCCGCUUAUUACCAUGGAGAGGAUUUGGCUGGUCUUAUGCGUACUACGUCUAGAUGUGAAAGCGAGAAUUACUUCUUUGGUCAGAUUUGCAAUCCAAGAUGUAUACUAGUUGAAUUUUUCACUCAUUUUGAGACUGCAAUGGAUAUUCAAAGGCAUGAGCAUAGGAGGAAUGAUCAUGAUACAAGGUAUAUUCAGUGUAAGACCUGGAGUGACUUUGUAUUGGAGAAACAAGCAUCAGAAAUAUAUACCAAAACAAUUUUUAAGGAUAUUCAGAUUGAAAUUGAUGCUGCCAUUACAAAGUGUAUGUCAAAGUCUCUUGAUACUGUGGGUGAUGUUCAAUAUUAUGAAAUAAAGGAUUUCAAACAGCCAUGCACAUCUUUAUUCAAGGUGCAAUACAGCAAACAAGAAGAUGGUUUAAGUAUAAGUUGUUCUUGCAAACGGUUUGAACAAUUUGGUAUAUUGUGCCGCCAUAUAUUUUAUGUUCUACGGUAUGAUGAUAUAACUGAGUUUCCUAGAAGAUAUGUUCAUAGAAGAUGGAUGAGAGAGGUUGUUUCAACUGGAUCAAAUCAUUGCAAUAUUCGGUUUGAUGAAAUUGGUAGGAAUAGUGAAAUUGAUAAAGUUUAUAGAGAAAUCGUUGUUGCAAAUGAGUAUGUGGUUAAUAGGCUGGUCGGGGAUUUAGAUGAGCUUUGUCGUUACAGGGAUCAUAUUAAAAGUUAUAUUGAUAAAGCGGAUGAGGUUAUGGUUGCUGCGCUGCCUCCUAGUCGCAAAGAAAGAUUUGCUGAUAUUGGAGGGAACUUAGAAAAAUCAGAUUCUAUGAUUCGUGUCCCGAUCAAAAUAAGGACCAAAGGAUGCGGUGUACAAAAAAGGAUCAAGUCUAACUGUGAGAUUGCAAUUCAGAAAUCAUCAAAGAUCCAGAAAUCGUGUCGUGUAUGUGGUGGAAAAGGACAUAGCAGUCGCACAUGUAAAGAUAAGGUUUCUUCUAAUGCUAUAGGUUCUAGCAAUGGAAUGUAA